UGCUGGUACGUUGUCAUGACCAGGUCCACUGCGUCACACUAGUCAGUGCACAACCGGAGGUUCUUUUUUUUAACCACCACAAUGGGCCUUACAUCCCGCACCUGAAACUUCUUCACAAGUACCCAUUUAUUCUUCAGCGUCACCAAGUGGAUGUUGGGGCCUGUAAACAUGUUCUCUCCGGGGCUAACAUCAUGUGCCCGGGGCUUACAUCCAAAGGGGGUUACAUCACGCCAGAAAUACCGGCCGGCCAGUUGGUGGCUGUGUACGUUGAAACAAAAGAACAUGCAGUGGCGAUAGGAAAGACACUAAUGUCUUCCGAAGAAAUUAAGAAGGUGAAUAGCGGCCCAUGCAUUGAAAACAUACACCACGUGGGAGAUGGCCUUUGGAUGAACCGUGUUUUGAGUGCCUCGCACAUUGGGGCCCGGUGA